AUGCCAGAAUACAAUUAUGGCAUGGAAAACGCAACAAAGAACGCCAUCGAUUACUUGAAGAACGGAUGGAACGGUGUCGAGGACCGGGCAACCAUUCAGCAUUUCGAGCAUGAGGCCACAGCUCAUGCGUAUCAGCCGCUUCCCUUUAGGCAGAACAUUCUGCUGCUGAUGCCUCUAGCUUUGUCUGCUGUAUUAUUGACCCCUUCAGUGCCUCUGGAACAUGAUUUUGAGACUAUACGAAUGGCGGUCAGCGACAGCGGCGAGAUGACGAACAAUAUGAUGAAAUCCCCUUCGUUCAUUUUGUCCAACGCAUCAACCACGCGAUAA